AAAGAGAGAAAAGAUAUUUAGGAGGAAUGGAUUUGGUAUUUUUUGAGAGAGAGAUGAGCAUAAGUGUGUCAGUGUGUGUUGAUGGAUAGAAGAAGCAUAUAAACCUCUAAUAUUCGUUAAUCGUUAUUAUCAAAAGCCAAAUACUAAUCGAAUUUCGAUGUGGAUCGAUUUGAGUGUACCGUAAACGUAUCUCUUUUGCACCAGAUUGCAGAGAGAUAUUGGGAGGAGAGAGAGAGAGAGAGGCCACUGUCCACUGCCAAUCUCAAAAAGCCACCCAACCCCUACGUUUCAGGCCUUUCUAUCUCUCUUCAUUUACCUAAAUUCCAUAUUCAUCCAUAAAUUAUUCAAUUCUUUCUUUACCUUCAUUUGCCUGUCGCAUUUGCACAAAGUUGGCAGGAGUUUCAGCAACAACACACAAUCCUAGUUUACAUACACAGGAUUUUUGAGUUAGACAAGGAUUGGGCAUUUGGAUUGAUCGCCGAACGGAAUCCGAAUCGAAUAUUGGAAAUUGGAAUAUUGGAAUACGAUAUGUUUGUUUGGAUUUUGGUGUGAGAGAGAGACAGAAUCGAGAUCGCGAGGUCGAUCAUGGCGUCGUACAAACUCAUCAGAGAUUGCGGCGACGAAGGGACAUUGGAUCUGCGGGCGAAAAAUUGCGCUCUGCGCAUUGAUAACGGCGAUGUUGAGUCUGCUUACUUGAAAAGCAAUACGCCUUCUUCUCGUCUCAAGCCGCCGGUUUUGGCCGGCGCCGGCGGUAAUGCUAAGUGCACUCCGCCGUCUGGCCGCCUAAUUUCGCUCGACGUUUUCCGCGGCCUCACUGUUGUGUUGAUGAUCAUUGUUGAUAAUGCUGGUAGACUUAUACCAUCUAUCAAUCACUCGCCAUGGAACGGUUUGACCCUGGCAGAUUUUGUUAUGCCAUUUUUCCUAUUCAUGGUUGGUGUUUCACUCGGACUUGUAUAUAAGAAUAUGAGUUGUAGAGUUGCUGCAACCAAGAAAGCAAUACUCCGAGCAGGAAAGCUUUUAGUACUUGGGAUUUUUCUACAAGGUGGCUAUUUCCAUGGCCUUAGUAAACUGACAUAUGGCGUGGACUUGGAACAAAUCAGAUGGAUGGGCAUAUUGCAGAGAAUUGCAGUAGCAUAUUGGGUUGCAGCAAUGUGUGAGAUAUGGCUUAGAAAUGAUGAAAUAGUUGAUUCCAGAAAAUCUUUGCUGAAGAAAUAUAGAUGGCAAUGGUCGUCAAAGCUGACCACAAUGAUUAGAUUUGUAUGUUACACCUAUCCAAUGGCCCAAAUCGAUAUCGAUACAAGGGCCACAGCUUUCGUGCUUAGUACAGUGUAUCUUCUGAUGUUAUAUGGCUUAUAUGUUCCUGAUUGGGAAUACCAUAUUCCCAUAGAAGCAUCUUUCAGAGCUGAGGUAUUCAAGGUGAAAUGUGGAGUACGAGCUAAUACAGGACCUGCAUGCAAUGCUGCCGGAAUGAUUGAUCGUGCAGUUUUGGGUAUUCAACGCUUGUACCGCAAGCCAAUAUAUGCCAGAACACAACAAUGCAGUAUCAACUCACCAGAUUAUGGUCCACUUCCUCCUGAUGCUCCCUCAUGGUGUCGAGCCCCCUUUGACCCAGAAGGACUUUUAAGUACAGUGAUGGCAGUUGUCACAUGCUUGUUAGGUUUACAGUAUGGACACGUUAUCGUCCACUUUAAGGAACACAAGAAAAGACUUUCUCUGUGGUCGUAUCCAUCAACGGGCUUUAUGCUCCUGGGAUUGCUGUGUCAUAUCUUAGGGAUGCAUAUAAACAAGGCUCUCUACUCCUUCAGCUAUACGUGUGUUACGGUUGGCCUUGCAGGGAUUCUACUAGCUACAAUUUAUCUAGUGGUAGAUGUGCGUGGAUGGAGGCGGUUCACUAUGGUACUUGAAUGGAUGGGAAAGAACGCGCUACUGAUAUAUAUUCUCGUAGCGUGCAACAUCUUACCCCUUAUUCUACAGGGGUUUUACUGGAAGGAACCUCGUAACAACAUACUAACAUUGAUUGGAAUCGGGAAACGUAAUUAUUGAGAAGUUGUGCAUUUUUGGUGAUACAACUGCGCCAGGGAGAUUUGAGUCAUCAGCCAAUCAUCUCUUUCACUGGGCAUAGUAGACGAGGGAGGCUUGGGGAGAGGUCUACUCGAGGCAAGUGCAGCAGCAGCCAUUUUUGUGGAUGCAGCAAGCACGUAUCGGAUUCAUGUUCAAACACUCUAAUACAUACUGAUAUUGUAGUGUAAUCUAAGAGAAAGAAAUCGGUAAUUAGAUCUGAUAAUUACUCUGAAGAUGAGAUACAAAGCUGAAUCAUACAUACUGCCUUUGGGCUAAUAUUGAAUCUCCAAUUCAAGUUA